AUGAGACACUAUUCUACGGCGUAAGUCGACUGUGCGGACAUCGAAAAAACAAAAAUUAUAUUGCUUUAGCCUAAAAAAUGCGGGUUAUGACGUUACUGUGCUCGAUACUUCGAAUGAAAAGCCCAAACAGUAUCCUGGAGUAUCCGUGAAGCAAUUUUACAUCCCACCGGAUUUUUCUGGCCGAAAAGAAGCCAUUAUUCGUUUCUUGACCAAGCCUUAUAAUGGGUUCUCAAUGGUGAACGCUCAAGUUGAUGGGAAUAAGUUUAUGAUGGAACUGAUUGAGCAAAAGUGGGGUGAGGUGAGCUGACAACGUCUUUAUUUUGUUAGCACUGAUGCGAUAAGUUAUAUUAUUAACAUUUUCACUUUUUUUGGAAAUUUUGGUCAAAAUUCACUGCACUGUGCGGUAGGCUUGAGGAAGCCUACUGCACUGUGCGAAAGAAAAAAGGUGAUUUCUCAGUUGAAGCCGGAAUAAUUUUUUCUGAAUUGCAGGUUAUAAUAUUUGUCUAGCUGUAUUUUCUCGUUCGCCUUUCGGCAAAGUUUGCUAUUUUUUCUUUGCACGGUGCAAAACGCUGUUUUAUUACUUAUUGCACUGUGCGAUAAAAAGACUGUUCUUCAGCGAUGCAAAAAAAAAUUCUUCUCACAACCAAAAUGCCAAUAUGUUCAGAAGCUAUUAAAUUUACUGUGUAACAAAGCUACAAGUCAAAAAAAUAAUUGCACAGUGCAAAAUUUUACUUUUUUGUGCAAAUAUGACAUCUUUGAAAAUCCCAAAUUUUUUCAGCUCUCAGCGCUCCUUGCGACUCCAUACGACCUCAUUGUUAUUGAUGACAUCCCAUGUGUCCAUUGUGCGGUAAUCUCAUCCGUUUUGAAUCGCAUACAUGGCUCAAAAGUCGUACUAUUUUCCACCACCAAACCGCUGGAUUACAAUAUGAUUUUGCUCGGAUUGAGUGCGUAAACUGAGAAAAAAUUAACAAAUAUCGUAUUUUACAGCAAAAAGUAUCGCGAUUAGCCCAUACAUUUUUACUGUGAUGCCAAGAAAUUCCGAUGACAUAAUGGAUUUUAGAAAAUUUAAAGACCGAAUAAGCAAUAUUAAGUUGUGGGUUUAUGAGAUUUAUGGCUUCUUAAUGACAGGUAGGUUGAAUAAAGGCUUUACGAUACAUUUUUUUCCAGAAAAAUGUUUUGAAUGACCCUUUUUUCAGACGAAGCCUCCACGAUUUCCUCUGCAAAUUACCUUGGGUUGCCGGCUUUUCAAUGGUCAUCCUUUUAUCAGAAAAUUGGCUUAUCGGUUAUCGAAUCGAUUGAUUAUAACAUCUGGCCAAUACCGAGUAAGUGGCUCUAGGGGAGUCUUGUAAAUCCGCAUUCAACGAAUACAAAUGUUGUUAUUCACCUAAUCGGGAGAAGUCUCUCUUUAAUUGACGCUUAAUUUUUCAAAAAUUUGUUAGCAUAGGACACAAUUCCUGAAGAUUUUGUCUUGCGCUUUGCAUGGGAAGCCGAGAUUUUAGCGAUCCUUACGGCCGAGAUAUAGUACGAGAAACGCGGAGAGCGGUCAGGGAGAAAAGCCCUUUUUUGGCCAUGUCUUUACCAGUUUCAUGGUAACAUUGCCCUCUGUAGAAAUAAGAAUUCAUCUGUCAUUUCAGCGUUGCCAAUGAUAAAGCACACCGGGAUCCACUGUGAACGACCCAACUUCUCCAAAAUCCCACAAGAUCUCAAAGUUUUCAUCGAAGACCCCGCAUCAAAAGGAACAAUUUACAUCGCGUUUGGCAGCUACAUUGACUUCACAUAUGCCCCUGAACAUCUUAUCGAAGCGUUGGUGAAUGGAGUCCAGCGCUUGUCUGAGUAUCGAGUAGUUGUUUCGGUGAAAAUCAACGGUACAAAGAUUGCAAAACAGCCGUACGUACGGUAUGUGGAGUGGUCACCGCAAAUCGAGAUCCUCAGUCAUCCCAAAACCAAGGCGUUUCUUACUCACGGAGGGCUGAAAAGGUGAGGAAAAGGGGGGAGGAUGCUGAGAAGUUUGGAUGAUUUUUCGCACAGAUCGGAAGGGAAGUAACAUAAAUGUGACGCUCAGAUUUUGAUGAAACUCGGGCACAAGAGAUAGAUUAAUUCUUCUAAAACAUUUUCGAGGUUCCUAGGACGCCUUUUGUAGAUACGGCCGAGAUUUUUUAGAUCAGAAGUUGACAAAUAGAGACUUUUUUUGCAAAUUUUGGUAUGAAAAGCUUUGACCUUAUUUCUAACGUAGAUUGUAAUGUUUCCACAAAACAUCAAUUUUUUCAGCACGAAACUAGCAUAG